AUGGCCAAGUUCACUCUCGCUGUUUCGACGCUUCUUGUCGCGUCGGCUGCCGUCUCGGCCCACGAGGGGCACGACCACUCGUCGUCGACCCACGACGAACAUGAGCACUCAGGCUCUGCCGCUUCAGGCACCGUUGGUUCGGAGUGCUCGGCCGACGUGAGCGAGGCGUUCAUCGCGACUGUCGACAACAGCACCUACUUCGAAACGUGCGCAGAAGGCAUGACCUUCAACAUCACGUCGGUCUUCGACGUACUCAACUUCACGGACUCGGAAUUCUUGACGUUCUGCAACUCGUCCACGUGCCUCGAGCCCGUGCAUGGGCUCAUGGGAUCGGUCGACUGCCUCAUCACGUACCAGGGCACGCCGCGUGACCUGGCAGCUGAAGUCGAUAAGCUCCAUGACCAGUGCCACGAGGUCCUUGACGCGGCGGACUUAGAAAUGGACAUGGGUGGCCAUGCGCACAGUUCGGGCUCCACUGGCUCAGCCUCCGGUUCGUCCGACGCACCGUCCGUGGUGGUGACGGUAGGAUCGGUGGUCUCUGCUGCGAUCCUGGCCGCCUUCCUGGCUUAG